AACAAAUAUCCGUUUUCCGAAUGUGUGUGCUUUCCACACCCUCGGUGAUGUUUUGGAAAAUUAAGGAUACGAGUUGUAAGGAGUCGUUUCAGGUAAAUACAAAACCACCCUCUUCCAAUUUACAAGAAAAGGGGAAAAACCUGGAACCGGCUGUGUGAUGGAACCAGAAACUUCUUAACAUUUUAAGGGCAAGCACAAGCGACUUCCUUGUUUUCUAGAGGAAUCCUAAAAAAGCAGCUUCUCUCAUAAGUCUCACGGACAAUUAACCUUCACCACUAUCAACUGUCAUUUCCCAAACUGCCACAGAAUUUUCUAGGUCCAGCAUUCUGUCAUUUCUUAGAAGGAUCAUCUUCCAAAACAUUCCACCUGCUCUCUGAAUAGUAGCCUCAAGGCUCCUCAGCUCUUGGGAAGCACUGUUUUCCAAAACUGGUGUCAUAGAUCCCUGGAGGAGAAAACCUCCAGCAGAAACACAAGAGUCUAAGGGGAGAGCCACAGGAUCAAUUCAUAAUUAUAAACGGGGCUCUUACUCUGAUGGGAGCCAGCAGCACGUUGCCUGAUUGUCCUAAUCCUAAAGUUGCUACUAGCCCAAUGUAUUUAAAAUCAUGUCACAGGAUACAAACUGGAAGGAAAACUCAAUUCUCUGACUGAUGUGUUUGUAGCAUGCACCAGAGAGACACUCAAUGCAAUUCUGCUUUGGCUGACACAAAAUAUUUACAAAAUUUUCAGGCUUAUCCCAAUUAUAGAGAGGAAUUUCUCAUCACACUUUUGUUAAAGAGGAAGAAUCUUCAUGGGUAGGAUCAUGGCUUUCUGGAAAAAAUACUAACAUGACAUUCACAACAGGAAGAAAUUGCAGUGAGAAGAACAAGAAAAAAUAAUAGAAAAUAAUUUUAAAAGCAGAAGAAAGUAGAGCUCCCAGCAUUCUAAAAACUACCAAAAUGUACAGAUUCUGAAUAGACAGCAAAACCUCUCAUGGAUAUGACCUGUCUUUACUACGUCUAAUGGAAUAUAGCUGUUUACAUCUUAUCUGCGAAAGGGCUCCCAGUGCCGAUUCCGACACUGUGAAAAGGCUCUUGGCAGUGAUACUGUGUGCUCAUUAUGGAGAGAGAAAAAAUGUUUAGAUCCGCUUUGCAGAUUUAGACACAUGGAGAUGCAGCAAAACUGUAGCAUUUCAUGCUUCUGGGAAACUCAGCCUCUUGGUUGUGUGAAGAUCAGUUGCAUCUUUUAUCACAGCAAACCUCGAAAUAUCAAUGGAUUGUUUUUACCACCAAGUAGCAAUGUCACACUACAGAAAGAAAGUCAGGAAGGAAUUCCAACCCCGACUCAGAGUCAGGAACCUCUGAAACCUCAAGAGAAUAUAUCUCGACCAAUUCACCAUCCUUUAGUUUUAAAAACUAACUUUGAGGAAGAAGAGGAGGAAGGAGAGGAGCAAAAUGAUGCUUCUUGUUUAUGGACAAAGACUGCUGAAGAAAUUGAAGAAAAAAGAGCAAUAAAGGAGAUGUGUAAUAAAUCUGGUGAAUACUACAGAUUUCAUACUCCUCCAGAUGUUUCAUCAUCAAAAAGCAUAACUUCUACAGUAGAAAAGGAGUUAGAAAAGCCUUUGGAAAAUGGCAGUGAAUUGCAAGAAGGGGAUGGACUUACAGUUCCAACAAAAUUUAGUAUAAUUGAAAGGCAAGGUGAGAUAAAAACAUCGUUGGAUAGGAAACCAAGGACUGACAUUGCCGCUUUUGAAAAUGGAGGAGGAGACUGUUACGUUCCACAGAGGAUCAUAUUUCUUGGAGUAGAUGAAAGUGAAGCUUUACCUGAAGAAAAGGAAAUCACUGUGUCAAAAUGUUCAAAUACUAAAGAUAACAAGGACAAUCCUCAUCCAAAGCGUUCCCUAGCUACCCGACCAGCACCUACAACGCAGGUGUUAAAUGCUACUGAAAACAUCAGUGUGAAGUGCAGAGAGGACCCCUCUUUAAUGAAUGAUGUCCAGCCAGUGAGGAAGCCUCAUUUGAAAGGUGUGAAAAAAAGAAAAUGGAUUUAUGAUGAACCAAAGAACUUUCCUGGUCCUGGAAUGCGGCGAGCAGUACAGACCCCAAAUCCCAAAAACAAAAUGAAUUACCAUCGCAAUAAUAAAAGCCGAAAUGCCGAGAAUGCAUCCUAUAUCCACGUUCAAAGAGAUGCCGUCAGAAAUGUCUCAUUGAAUGCACAGCCCUGCAGCCGGCCCACAAAUGGGUCCUACAAUAAAGUUGAUGUUAACAAGGAACCCAAACUCAACCUCUAUCCAGACAAAUAUAUGUCAACAUCAUAUAAUAGUUCAGCCUGGAGAAAAAGAAUUCCUUUUCCAAAAACAUAUUCAAAAACUGAAAAGAUUUAUCCAGAGCCACGAAGAAAUGGGAGUAAGUAAACUUGGAGGUUGAGAGAAGAGGAAAAAUGAGAAAAGAGAAAAGUGUCAGACAUCAUCUGAUUUACAAUCGAAAAUGAAAAUUCAAAGAAUGAGAUAUUCAAGUACUCCAUACCAUAUACGGGAUAGCCAAAGAUGAUAAAAUGCAAAUUCUGAAAAUAAGAUGCAGGAAGUACAUUGUGCUCUUUCAAAACUGAUAAAUAUGCAAAUUACAAACAGCUGCCUGUGUAUUU